AAACCCGUUUCCCAUCAAAACUAAAAUAAAAAGAAGAAAACAGCAUAGAGCAAACGUCUUCUUCUUCUUCUCUUCUCUUCCUUGAGCUUGCUCCUCUCUUUUGUCUUCCUUUGUCACACUGUCCGUUUCUUUUAUAUUAACAAUCAAACCCAAAACGUCUCUUCUGUCUAUUAAAUUCAGAUUGUGUCUCAAUCUUUCACUCUUGUGUCCUUGAUGAGCACUUUUCCUCAUUGACAAAUCCCAAAUCACGAACAGACCCCAUUUCAUUUCCUUCUUCUUUAUUCUUAAGGAAAAAUCUCAUCCUUGCGUGUCUUUUUUCAAUAAAACCGGCAUUUCCUCUCGCAAAGCCGUAAAAACCGAUAAUUCAGAGACCUACGAGUUUCCAGAACCAAAGGAUGGAAGCAGAAACGUCUUGGACCACUUAUCCUUACAACUACAUUACUACAUAUGUUCCUGAAUCAGAAUCAUACUCUGAGCAGAGCGAUGAUGAUGAUGAGACCAAAGUCCAAAACUUUGCAAUGGAUUCUCUUCUCCCCAACGAUUUACUAGAAAGAAUCCUCUCCUUUCUCCCCAUUGCAAGCAUCUUCAGAGCUGGCACUGUCUGCAAAAGAUGGAACGAGAUUGUAUCUUCUCGAAGGUUCUUAUGGAACUUCUCCAACAACAACAACAACAACAACUAUGUUUCUCAGAGCCCUUGGUACUUCAUGUUCAUCACCACUGAUGAUCCAUCCGGUUAUGCCUAUGACCCGGUUCUCAAGAAAUGGUACAGCUUUGAUCUCCCUUGCAUCGAAACAUCGAAUUGGUUUGUUGCUUCCUCUUGUGGUUUGGUUUGUUUCAUGGACAAUGACUGUAGAAACAAGAUCUACGUCUCUAAUCCAAUCACCAAACAGUGGAGACGGCUCAUUGAACCACCAGGUCACAAAAGUGCUGAUUACACAGCAUUGUCUACCUCCAUGAACAGAGCAAAACAGAGUUACUCUGUUUCUAUAGUGAAGUCAAAGCAAGUUCCGGGAGAUUUCUUCCAAUGGGAUCUCUCUAUUCAUCUCUACAGCUCUGAGACAAUGACUUGGACAACAAGUGUAACCGAUGUCUUAACCGGAUGGAGAGGAGGAGACGAGAGUGUGAUCUGCAACAAUGUUCUCUACUUCUUGAUUUACUCCACAGGAGGCAACUCUGAUCAUCGCCACAGCCUCAUUGCUUUGGAUCUCUCGUCCACAUCAUCAUCUAGCGGAACCUUGAUGAGGAGUUUCAUUCCAAUGCCGUGUUCUUUAACCUGCGGAAGGUUGAUGAACCUCAGGGAGAGGCUUGUGGUCGUUGGAGGGAUAGGGAAACAAGAUAGGCCAGAGAUUAUCAAAGGGAUUGGGAUAUGGUGUUUGAAAGAAGGAGGAGGAGGAGGGAGAGAGUGGCAAGAAAUGGCGAGAAUGCCUCAGAGAUUCUUCCAAGGGUUUGGUGAGUUGGAUGAUGUUUUUGCUAGUAGUGGCAGUGAUGAUCUUCUUUACAUACAGAGCUAUGGAUCUCCUGCGCUUUUGACGUUUGACAUGAAGCUAAAGUGUUGGAAGUGGUCUCAGAAGUGUCCUGUCUCUAAGAAGUUCCCUCUUCAGCUCUUUACUGGGUUUUGCUUUGAACCAAGACUUGAGAUCACUCCGUAGCUCUGAAGAAAAAAGAAGAUGAAAAAGAUGAUAUGGUUUUGUUUACCAUAUAUUUUGAGUUGAAUCCUAAUUUGAUUUGGUAAAAUAGAAGAACCAUUUUAUUAAGGUCUUUUAUUAAACAUUGUGGCCCACAAUAUCUGAGAGUUCUGAAACUGGAGGUUGUCUGGUUGCUGUUCCUGGACCUGGAGGGUAAAUAAUUGUUUGAAUAAUGUGUUAGUAAAUGUGCUAUCUAUUAUAGAAAGGUGUAUGUUUUUGUACUUGACCUGUUUUCAUGAUGGGAUUUGUCAGGUUUGGCAGUGUUAGGUUUACAAGUACUGGAAAACAGCUAUUUUGUUGUAUUUUAUAAUUCUCUAAGGGUCUCACUUAUUUCAGUUUGUAUUAGGCUAUUAGCUUUCAUAAUUUUUAGUUUUUACUGAAAUUUGAUGUGAUAUAUAAAUCAGUAUGGAUUCUGUC